GAAAUUACAUUCAUUGGAUGUGAUUUUUUGACCUUCAGUGUGUGUCGAUGGCGGUGGCUAUCAUCUUCAACUGUUAUUGAAGUGCCCCUUUAAUUUCUAGCAGAGAAGGCCCCUGUGGUUUUUGGGGAAGGGACUAAGGGAGUUACUUUUACCGUUUUCAUUUAGUAAGAUAGGGGAUGAAGGUGUUUGUUGGGAGUCCGGGUAGCGUGAGUGGGAUGCUAUUGAGGAUUGGGCAAUGCUUGUUUGCAGCUGGCUCUAUUGCGGCCAUGGUUACCGCCUUUGGGUUUUCCAACUUCACUGCUUUCUGCUAUUUGAUCGCAUCGAUGGGACUUCAAGUGCUGUGGAGCUUUGGACUUGCAUGUCUUGACAUAUAUGCUUUGACAACAAAGAGAGACAUCUGUAGUCCAGUCUUGGUCAGCCUCUUUGUUGUGGGGGAUUGGGUGACAUCAACAUUAUCACUUGCAGCUGCUUGCUCCUCGUCGGGGAUAGUGGUUUUAUACUCAAGAGAUUUGAAGUUCUGCAACGAUCCAUCCCAACUCCCGUGUGUCAGAUAUGAGCUCGCAGCUGUCUUGGCAUUCAUAGCCUGGUUUCUCAUCGCCAUUUCUUCCCAUAUAAUGUUCUGGAUAUUAGCAUCCGUUUAAUUCGUUUUUCUCUUCAAGUUCACUAUUCUGAUCACUAGAAAUCAUCUGCUUUCUCUCAAUCUUCAACUUGCUCUUGGGAUGGCGAUGGCUUCUUUCCUACGGGUGACCAACUAACUGCAUAGAUUGUAUUUUAAAGUUUUAGAUUAAUAUUUAACUGAAUUGAAUUCAAAAUAAUUUGACUCAAACAUAGUAAAUUGAAAUGGGAUAA